AUGCUGCUAAUCCCACUUCUCGGGCUUGUCGCCUCAGCGCGAGCCCUCAAUCCGGGCUGCAACCCGGGAGGGAACUUUGACCUCUCCAAAUGGAACCUCCAGCUCCCCACGGGCAGUACGGGCAGCCCGACAACGAUCCCAGGGUCCUCGCUGGCCGGAUGCAGCGGCUACAGCAGCGGUGUUUUCUAUACCGAUGGGACUACUGGAGAAUUAGUCAUGACGGUGCCCGGAUCACCAUCCAGUGCGGGCUGCGUCACAACACCAAAUAGCUUACAUUGUCGCACGGAAUUCCGAGAGAUCAGCCCCUCCAGUUGGAGUCCGAAUAACGGGAAUAACCGACUAAGGGUCACCAUGUCGGUUCCUCGACCGGACGACUCUACUCAUGGAACUGUGAUCGGGCAGAUACAUAUUGAUGAUUCCAUCUCUUCGAAACCUGUCUGCGAACUCUUCUACAGCUCCUCUGGCCAAAUCACCAUGGGCGUGGAGCGAACGCGCGCCGGAGGUGAGCUUCUCUUCACAGACAUCGCAAAGAUCCCCGUUGGGACCACCUUUACCUACGAGAUCCGCUACGAGAGCGGCCAGCUCUCCGUGGCCGUGAAUGACGGCGGCUUUGUGCAGCUAAGCCAAUACGAACUCGCCAACCCAAACAGCUACUUCAAGGUCGGAAACUAUAACCAGGGCGACUCGUAUUCCGAGGUCCGGAUCCAGGCAAUCUCCGUCUCGCACGGGUCCAAAUCGUCAACAGGUUCUGCGCAUCCCGUAUCCACGAUUUCCGCCGGGGGGAUCGGGCCUCGUGAAGUCCUGUACGCGCUCGAUGCCACCGUCAAACCGUAUGCGUCCCCGACUGGAGCGUGCGCAGCGGCACCAACAAAGUACUCGGAUAGUACAGUCAAUCUGCGCCUUUACUACGAGGAUACUUGCUGCCAUGACGUGGAGACGGCUCAUAUCGGGACUUUUAAUAUCUGCCACAACUCCGAUGGCCCCUUUUCAUCCAUUGAGCAAGCGGUUGGUGCGAACCUUUUUGACCGCGGCAUUCAUAUUGUCGCCUACGACGGUCUCGAUUGCACGGGUGGUUCGACAAGCCUGAGUCUCAGCAACAGCAAGGGCUGUCAGGCAGUGUCCAGCGGAAAUGCAGGUUACCAAAGCUUCAUGAUCAGCGAACCGCAAACAUGCCCCGUGACUGGUCCUGCGGUCGCCAGCGACAACACGGUGACCAUGCAGCUCUAUUCGGAUGUGGGCUGCUGUACAACCGUCGAGACGAUCAAAAUGGGAAACACGGGAACUUGUCAUGAGGCUGAUGCCAGCUUCCACUCGUUUAGCCAGGCAGUGGGGAAGAAUGAGUUUGGCUGGAAUAUUCACAUUCAUACCUUUACGCAGUCGGGAUGUCAGGGAGAAUCCGACUCGUUCUCCCUCACUAAUGCAGCGACUUGUAAUAAGAACGGGGUUGCGUGGAAAAGCUUUAUGAUUGAACAGGACUGCGCGCGACAUGAUCUCAACGCCAAGAAUGAUAAUACUGUAUCUUUGGCGCUCUACCGGGACGGCGAUUGCUGCGUGUUCAACGGCGAAGAUAUUGACCUGGGCACGGUUGGAAGCUGCCACAACGCGAAUGAUAAGUUUGGGAGUAUCACGCAGGCCGUAGGCCAGAAUAUGUUUGGCAAGGACAUCCACGUCCAGCUUUUCGAGGGCGCCGAUUGCUCCGGCACCAUGAAGGAUUACAGUCUGACAAACAAAGACGGGUGGUGCAGUUCCGGCGGGGUGAAUGAGGAAUUCCAGAGCUUCAUGAUCAAGAAGCAGUGCGAUACGCACGACGUUACAUACUCUGGCGACUUUGGCGUCUCGUUGGCGUUUUGGCAGGAUGGGAACUGCUGCACCUACAACAAGGAGGAAAUCAGCGUCGGCCGGACCGGAGGCUGUCGGAACACGGAAAAGCCAUUCGGCAGUGUGACGCAAGCCGUUGGCCAGCUUACAUUCGGACAUGAUAUCCACGUCACCGUUUAUGAGGAACAGGGCUGCAAAGGGGCAAGCAAAAAGUUCGAUCUCACCAACAAGGAAGGCUGGUGCAGUGAUGGGGGCGUCGCGGAGCAAUAUCAGAGCUACGCCUUUGCUAUCGACUGUGGGUGGAAAGACCCUGUUAAUAGUAACGCAAACACCGUCACGAUUGAAACGUAUACGGAUGUCGGAUGCUGCACACACAAGAGCGAGACUGUCCUUGGGGUUGCCGACACUUGCCACAAUGCUCCAGAUGGCGGAGUCGCAGGGUUGGGGAUUGGUGCCGGCUCCUCGUGGAAUGGGGAUAUUCUAGCGCUGUAUGCGGACAAGGACUGCAAGGGGGAUCUGAAAUACUUUGAACUCUCCUCGGCGCUGGCCGAUACAUGCGCUGUUACCGGGGGCAUAAUCAACAGCUGGCGCCUGGUUAAACCUUGA